AUGUACGGUCCGUCUGGCGGCUACACCUGCUACUAUGACUGCACCGAGUGCACCGAAGCCAUCUCCUCCCUCACCUCGAACAACCUCGGAGGCGUCGGGCCGAACUCAGGCGACCCGGAGCAGAUGCGCUUCUCGCCGGUCGGCUCGAUCAACGGUGCCAGCUUCGACCUCGUCGUCACUGUUGCGCCCGGAAGCAACUACAACUGUGCGUCGCCCUGCACCCAGAACAAGCUCAAUGGCAAGUUCGGACAGAUCCGGCUCCUCUAUGCCGACCCGCUCGGCGUGGCGACGCUGCGCUUCUCCUUCGUCGACACGGCCACCGGCGCGUCGGUGACGGUCCCCUCCUUCUACUUCAGCUUCUUUGACCUCGACAUGCGCGACGGCAACGGCGACAGGUCCGAGGCGGUGGGAGUGAAGGGGAGUGACAUCGCAGGAUACAUGCUCGACCCGAGCACCGAGGUGAGCGUGGCGUGCAACGACGGCAGCUGGGGCUCCGGCGGCGCGCUGCACGUGGCGCCCUGCUUGUCGGGUGAGGAGAUCGUCUUCAGCGCGACAACGUACGGCGAGCCCGCCGACAACCCGACCGACCCCUCGGCAAUGACGGGAGAGCAGCUGGCCCGGUCCGUGCGACUCGCCUUCGUGGACAAGGCCUCGUUCGACGUGACGAUCUCCUCCCUCACCUCGAACAACCUCGGAGGCGUCGGGCCGAACUCAGGCGACCCGGAGCAGAUGCGCUUCUCGCCGGUCGGCUCGAUCAACGGUGCCAGCUUCGACCUCGUCGUCACUGUUGCGCCCGGAAGCAACUACAACUGUGCGUCGCCCUGCACCCAGAACAAGCUCAAUGGCAAGUUCGGACAGAUCCGGCUCCUCUAUGCCGACCCGCUCGGCGUGGCGACACUGCGCUUCUCCUUCGUCGACACGGCCACCGGCGCGUCGGUGACGGUCCCCUCCUUCUACUUCAGCUUCUUCGACCUCGACAUGCGCGACGGCAACGGCGACAGGUCCGAGGCGGAUACAUGCUCGACCCGAGCACCGAGGUGA